AUGGUCACGCCGCUUGUGACUGCGAUGGGUGGGUCCCGCCAAUGCCGAAGACUACGAUCCCACAUCAGCGUCCAAGCGUGGCUCAGUGUGGCAGUGGGUCGUAGGCUGCGUCUUCCUCGUGUGUGUGGCCAUCAUCUCAUCCAGUACAUCUUCAACGACUUGUCCUUCGAGGCUCCAUUCUUCCUCACUUCAUUCGGCAUGGCGCUCUUCUCCGUUAAUCUCCCCAUCUACUACGUGACCAAGGUGUGGCUCCCCCAGUUAGGCCGCGGUCUGUCGGGCUUGAGCGUGUCUGGCUUACCUCAGGUCAAGUCGGAGACGGGCACGGAAGUGAAGCAGACAGCGCACAACAAGGCAACGCUCCGUCGUACAGUGGUCGCCGCUGCCGUCGUUGCUCCACUCUGGUUCAUCGCCAACUUCACGUACAAUGAGAGUCUCAAUCUCACCAGCGUCACUAGCAGCACCAUCCUCAGUGCCACCUCCUCCGUGUUCACACUGAUCCUCGCCGUAUGGAUCCUCAAGGAGCGUUUCACAUGGCCCAAGGCGCUGGGUGUGGCGCUCUGCAUGGCUGGCAACUGUUGCGUACAGCUGUAG